GGGAGCUGGCAUGGGAGCGUAUUUAUGAGAAUCACACCAAGCGUCCAGGCCGGGGGUACAGGAAAUACAGGAGGGGCAGCACAGUGGCCGACACCUCCGGCUGUUUCCUGAGUUCUGACCGUUUUCAUCCGGACUCCGGGGAGCCGAGAAACUUUUUUGGGAGUUGACUUGUCACCUUUGGAAGGCUCAUGCCUGCUUUCGGAAUACGCUCUCCGUUUUUCAUUUCCCUUUCCCUGGGCUUCCUUUGAAGGAUCUCAUAAUGGGGCAGACGCGCUACUCCAGACCGGUAAAUCCAGCUCCUGCAGCUGAGGAGGUGGAUCAGCCGUCACUCGACGCUGGGAUGGGGGCUGAUCUGGAAUCUGGUGACACGACUCCUCCCUCCAAGAGAAAAAGCAAGUUUGCAGGAUUUGGCAAGAUCUUUAAACCUUGGAAGUGGAGGAAAAAGAAAGCCAGUGGGAAGUUUAAGGAGACUUCAGAAGUUUUGGAACGAAAGAUUUCAAUGCGAAAGCCCAGAGAGGAGCUCAUAAAAAGAGGGGUUCUGUUGGAAGACCCUGAACAGGACGGAGAAGAGCAAGACAAAUUAAGCCACACUGCCUUGAAAAAUGGGCAUACUAUUCCCAUUGACUGUUCUGGGAUCGGCAGCCUUGGACCUCUGGAGGAAGAGGCUGGGAAAAGAUCAAGCCUUAGGAAGCCUGUUCCAGCAGAGGAGCCGAAGAGAUGGCAAGGCACCUCCAGUUCAGAAGUGGAGCAUCAUCCCGAUCCCCAUGCUCCGAAGCAGCCUUUGCUUCCUCCCAAACGGCCUUUGUCGUCCUCUUCCCAGGAGACGAGCGAGGUGCAGCCGAGGGAUCUUGGCCCUGCCGGCCACGCUGCUAGGACAGUGCCUUCCUCCACAGCUGCAGCUUCCCCUGGCACAGCGAAAGGGGUCAAUUUUUCCACUGCUCCCUCUCCAGCCCCCAGGACUGUGCCCUCUGCUCUCAUGAAUGCUCACACUACUGCUGCCCCAAAUGCCGCCCACGUGACGUCUGCCAAGCAGCCCCCUGUCCCGCCUCCCAAGCCAGUGAACAGGAAUAGCAACCCUUUAAUGGCCGAAUUGUCUCAGGCUCUCAGCAGCGGCACGGCUUUGUCGAAGCCCUCUCCGCCUUUGCCUCCCAAAAGAGGCAUCCCGUUGAACGUGUCUUCGUCCCUCGAAUCAGCCACGACUCCCAAGUCGCCCGUGGACAGGGUCAUGUCGUCGUCGUACCCUUCCUCGCGACCGGGGCACAUGAUGCCGCCCCACCCGCCCUCCUCGCCUUCACCCCCUCUGCCUUGCCACCUUCCCCCGGAGCCCCCACAUGGCUCACGGCCCACCUCCACCCAUGGGGCAGAGCCUCCCCUUCACACAGAACUGCGGACGGAGGCCCCGCAUGACGGGUUUCCGGCGCUGGAGGCGGCCAGGAGGAACGCUGAGCAGGGCUACGGCGAGCCCCGCCCGCCUUUGCGGCUGCCUCAACUUCCGCUGCACAUCCGCAUCCAACAGGCGCUGACGAGCCCCCUGCCAGCAACCCCGCCGGCCGAAGGCUCACACAGGGCUCACUCGCUGCUCUUUGAGAACGACGGCUCCUACGAAGACAGCGCUGGCAGAACGAGGUCGCUGCCGGUGACCCUUGAGCUGCUGAAAGUUCCAGACGAUGAUGAAGAGGAAGAAGACGGCCAAGGAGACGUGCAUCAUUCCAAUUCGCGCGUUUACAUUGGGGAGGCCCCGAGCGUUACGAUCAUUCCCAGGCUCAUCCUCCAGACGGUGCAGGAUGAAGAGGAGGGACCAAGUGACUCGGACUCUGAGGGACCCAUUCUGUACAAGGAGGAAGAGGAGGAGGAAGAUGACGAAGAUGAAAGCCAUAACACGGCGCUAGCCAACAAAGUCAAGAGGAAAGAUACCCUUGCCAUGAAACUGGGCAACAUGGCCUCCCGGCAGGAGUUACUGGAACAAAACACGUUUCCUCGGAAGAGCAAGGAAGAGUGGAAUGAAAUCCGGCAGCAGAUAGGAACGACGCUGAUCAGGCGAUUAAGUCAGAGACCAACAGCAGAAGAACUGGAGCAGAGAAAUAUACUUCAGCAAAAAAAUGAGGCUGACCGGCAGGCCGAAAAGCGGGAAAUAAAACGGAGGCUCACCAGAAAGCUUAGUCAAAGGCCUACUGUGGCUGAACUGCAAGCGAGGAAGAUCCUGAGGUUUAAUGAAUACGUGGAGGUGACGGAUGCCCAGGACUAUGACAGGCGAGCAGACAAGCCAUGGACAAAAUUAACCCCUGCUGACAAGGCUGCCAUCCGGAAGGAGCUGAACGAGUUCAAAAGCUCUGAAAUGGAAGUCCACGAAGAUAGCAAGCAGUUCACACGGUUUCAUCGGCCAUGAAGCCUUUUAAAGAACGCAGUCGGUAUGCCGGCGUUGGGAGAGGAUUUGCAACAUUUGUGGCUUCAUUCUCCCACCUUCGUUCUCCUGAAGAGGAACCUUGAGGCGUGUCCAAGAUUUUGCCUUCAUAACAUAUCCAAGAAAUGACUUUCACCUCUAAGGAAUGGAGAAGAACUGGGGUCGGACCUUGUCCAAACGCAGCAUUUCAUUGGAAGGGGGUUGUCUCAAGUGCCAUCAGAUCAUAUGGGGGGGGGGGAAACACACAAAAACACUAUACCUCAGAUGAUAUAGCAAUACACCCUGCUUGCUUGUAGACAGAUGCACUGGCUCAUGUCAAUUGCGGACAGCUCCAGCAUAUGAGUGGACAAGGCUCCAUUUCUUCCUGUUCUGCUGUAAAUAAUAUAUUCAGGUCUGUUUAAUAUCCCUUUUUCAAGGAAGAGAGAUAAUAUUGGAGCAGGCUUUGGAGCUAGUGAGCGGGAAGCUCGUGUGUGUGUCUGUGUCUGUGUGUAAACUUUCUGUCCUAGCAGGAAACUGACACAUUGCAGGAGAGGUUUGUGUUUUUUUUUUUGCUUAUGUCUUUUUUAUGUACUUAAUAUGCAGAAUCACUACUGACCAAUUUUAUGUCAUCCUGCAGAGGAAUUGUAUAGUUCUUUAAUUGCAUAUGCUGAAUCUUGGGGUGGGGGGGGAAAGUGUUCUUUUUUCCCAUCCCCCAAGCCCUGCAAACUUGCUGUUAAAUUAAGAGACCUCUGUGUGUGUGUAUGCGUGUGUGUGUGUGUGUGUGUUCGGUAUAUUUAGGGCCUGUUUAACAGGAACUGCAAAGCCUGAAAUGAAUUGCCUUCAGGAAGCAGUGGUGUAGAAUAUAUUGUAUUUUUUUAAUCGUGGCUUCCUCUUUUUUUUUUUUUUUAAAAAAAAAGAUCUUUCUGAAAAAAUAGUGGAACUUGCCUUUUUUUUUAGACAUGUAGCAAAACUUACUGAAAGUUCUAAAUCUAAUAUGCUUGAAAAGGGCUUAAACCUAACUUUAAAAAGAAACAAAAAUGAGAAAAUAUGACGUCCCUUUUAUCAGUUUUUUAUGGAAUGGUUCAGUAUAGUGUAACAAGUCACACAUGGUGUGUGAUACUAGGGUGAGAGCAUGGGAGGAGGAGAGAGAUAAACUGAGGAUUUCGGGGGGCAUUGGGGUGGGUGUUAAUAUAGGUGACUCUGUUUGACCACUGGUUUGGCUUAGACGUCACUUCUAACCUCUGUUGUAAAAGGUCACACUUGUAGAACGUGACGCCUUAUCAGCAGCUAUCUGGUGCCCAUACAGCUGAAGAUGACGUCCCAUAAAAUUUUGUGCUUCCUCACCUUGAGAAAAAGGCCUUCAUGCGUUUGUACUGUCACUGCCUCUCCCAUUGCUAAACCUUCUGGUGGCCAGAUGCAGGGUUCUCAUAUCUUUAACAGUUGCACAAAAGAAGGAAUUUCAGCAGGCACUGGGUAGGAUCCAGACACUGCAGUUAGUUAGGACUUAAGUACCACCGGUUUCAACAGGGGCUACGGCUGCGAUCCUGCACACACAUAGACAGGAAAAAAAGUCCUACAACUAAUGCUGGGACUUAGGCCUUUUUUUCUGUCUGACUGUGCAUAGAAUUGUGCCCUAAGAGCGUCUAGCUUAGUCUGGAUUCUACCCACUACUACUUUCAGACACAGGUGAAAAGUGUGUCAUUGCUGGAAUCCUCUUUUCUGCACGAUUUCCCACUGGCUACUUUACUAGGGAGCCCGGGGUAUAAGGUAUGGCAAACUCAAUUGCUGCCUUUAUAGCUCCCUACUCUUCUUACACCUCUAUCCCGCGUGGCUUUUGCUCCCUCUCCCUGACCACCUCCGUGUACUUGAGCUGUGUCUUGGUAAGGAUGUUUUCUGUGGGGUGAGGGAGUGGAGUUUGGCCUUGUCCCGCUAAUAGCAAUUCCUAAUAAUGGUGCAAGGAGAGAAACUAGCCUUGUCAACAAGGGCGGGUGCACUCUCGGGUUGAACUGCUUUUUCAUGGUGUAUAAAAUCUCUGUAGAGGAAAUCAUUGCGUUGUAUAUCUGUCUUCCUAUCAACAAGAUUUUAUGGAAUAAAUUUUUUUUAGAAAACAGUU